CAACAGCAAGCCUUUAUUGGCAUACGCAACAAGACAAAAUUUCAAAGUAAAAUCAGAUUAAAAAACACAGUUAAAAUUACUGAUUUCCAGUUUCGGCACUCAGUCUCGAAAAGGUUCAACAUCACUGGUCUAGUGCAUCCCUGACAAAUUCCCUUUUAUUGCUGCUUGAGGACCGCCAGAGAAGAAGGGGACUCUCACCACCUCCCUGCCAAAUGCACCCUUUACGGGAUCAGAAAAUGGUAUUUAUUUUCCUUCACAUCUACAGGGAAUUCCUUUGCAUCCAGUGACUGGACCUCAGCAUCCCUCCUUCGACUCUCAGGGACAAGGAUGGGCAUUCAGGUGGGGUGGAGAGAAGGGGGUUCGAAUCCUGCCUUCCCUUUGCUGUGCAAAUGGGCAAAUCAGAGUGAGCUCCCUGGGGAAACUGGGGCAGCCUCUGGAGGGGGAACCCAGGAGGAGGUCCUUUUUGCCCUUUGCAAUGAGUCACUCUGAGGGUUAAAGGGAAGGAGUCCGAAUUCCUAGAGUGGCAUCAACAGAGAGGAUCACCUGACUUGCCCAGUCUCUUCCGCCUCCAUUUGUGCAGAUGGGAGGGGAGCGGGAGGAGGCGGCGCUGGGAGAGUUUUUAGGAAACAGGUUUGUAAAUUGUUGGCCCAGUGGUGGCUGUUUGGAGCAGGAAGGAGAGGGAUGGAAGAGCCGGAGUCAGUUGGUUUAGAAGCAAGCAAAGGCUGUGAUGUAAUUGAGGCUGGGAGCAGAAGGAAACUGUGGGAAGGGAAACUGUCGAAGAGUCCAGGAGACAGUGACGUCCUCCCUCCAGAUGGGCAGCGCCAGCAAUUCAGGCACUUCUGCAACCAGGAGGCUGAGGGGCCCCAAGAGGUUUGCAGCCAACUCCGUCUUUGCUGUCAGUGGCUGGAGCCAGAAAUGCGUAGCAAGAAAGAGACGCUGGACCUGGUGAUCCUGGAGCAGUUCCUGGCUGACCUGCCCCCAGAGAUGGGGAACUGGGUCAGAGAAUGCAGGCCGGAGACCAGUUCCCAGGCAGUGGCCCUGGCAGAAGGCUUCCUCCUGAGCGAGGCAGAGGACAAGAAUCAGGACCAGCAGGGGCAGGACUGGAUCACGCAGGAGCGUUACCAUGGAGCAGCUUUUUCAGGUGGUACCAUACAUUCCUUCCCAUCUCUUUGGGGCAAAGAUAAAGCAGAUUCCAUGCAGCCUGAUCAGGGUCUGGUGACAUUUGAGGAAGUGUCUGUUCAUUUUACCGAGGAAGAGUGGGCUCUGCUGGACCCAGACCAAAGAAGGCUUCACAGUGAAGUCAUGAAGGACAAUCGUCAGAAUGUGGCCUCUCUGGAAGGACUUCUAGUUCCCAAACCUGAUUCCAUAUCCUUACCGGAAGAAGCAGGAGAUCCACUUGACCAGGCCCCAGAAGAAAGAACAAGGUCAACAGAGGAUAAUGCUCUCCAGAACAAGUUCAGCAAAGAACCACCAGUCCUCCUUUAUGAUGAAACAGAGCAAAAUAGUAACACAGAAAUGAAACGGAAGAGGGGGAACCAAUGCUGUGCUUCUCAGAGUGCUGAAUCCCAGAUAUUGGAAACACAUGGAAAAACUGACUCGAGGGAGAAACCUGACAAAUUCUUUGAAUGCGAAAUGAGCGAUAAGAACUGCAUCCUUGCAGCUCAUCAAAGAAUCCACACUAGGAAGAAACCAUAUAAACAUUUAGAGUGUGGAAAGAGCUUUGCUCAGGGUUCAGAUCUUACUCAACCUCAAAUUCACAAUGGGGAGAAGCCAUAUAAAUGCUUAGAGUAUACUGGGGAGAAAACAUAUAAGUGCUUGGAGUGUGGAAAAAGUGUUGCUUGGAGUUCAGAUCUUAUUAUCCAUCAACAAAUCCACACUGGGGAGAAACCAUAUAAAUGCUUGGAAUGUGAAAAAAGUUUCUCUCAGAGUUCAGGACUUAUUAGUCAUCAACAAAUCCACACUGGGGAGAAACCACAUAAAUGUUUGGAGUGUGGAAAAAGCUUUACUCGGAAUGGAAAUCUAGCUGUUCAUCAAAGAACGCACACUGGGGAGAAACCAUAUAAAUGCUUGAAGUGUGGAAUUAGCUUUGCUCGGAGUGGAACACUAGCUGUUCAUCAAAGCAUGCACACUGGGGAGAAACCAUAUAAAUGCCUGCAGUGUGGGAUGAGCUUUCCUCGUAAUUCAGAUCUUACUGUCCAUCAACGAAUCCACACUGGGGAGAAACCCUAUAAGUGCUUGGAGUGUGGAAAAAGCGUUGCUCGGGGUUCAGAUCUUAUUAUCCAUCAACGAAUCCACACUGGGGAGAAACCAUAUAAAUGCUUGGUAUGUGAAAAAAGCUUCUCUCAGAGUUCAGCACUUAUUAGUCAUCAACAAAUCCACACUGGGGAGAAACCACAUAAAUGUUUGGAGUGUGGAAAAAGCUUUACUCGGAAUGGAAAUCUAGCUGUUCAUCAAAGAAUGCACACUGGGGAGAAACCAUAUAAAUGCUUGGACUGUGGAAUGAGCUUUGCUCGGAGUGGAACUCUGUCUGUUCAUCAAAGUAUGCACACUGGGGAGAAACCAUAUAAAUGCUUGGAGUGUGGGAUGAGCUUUCCUCGGAGUUCAGAUCUUACUAUUCAUCAAAGAAUCCACACUGGGGAGAAACCCUAUAAGUGCUUAGAGUGUGGAAAAAGCUUUGCUCGGAGUGGAAGUUUAGCUGUUCAUCAAAGCAUGCACACUGGGGAGAAACCAUUUAAAUGCUUGGAGUGUGGAAAGAGCUUUGCUCGGAGUUCAGAUCUUACUAUCCAUCAACGAGUCCACACUGGGGAGAAACCAUAUAAAUGCUUGAAGUGUGGAAAAGGCUUUGCUCGGAAUGGAAGUCUAGCUGUUCAUCAACAAAUCCACACUGAGGAGAAACCGUAUAAAUGCUUGGUGUGUGGAAAGAGCUUUGUUCGGAGUUCACAUCUUACUAGACAUCAACAUAAGCACACAGAGAAGAAAAUGCAGAAAUUCCUGUAGUGUGGAAAGAACUUUGCUCACAGUCUUGUUUAUUGCUGUUCAACAAAAACACACAGGAGGAACCAUAUACUAUUUGUAAUCUUGGUUGUAAAUUUCUUGUGAAAUACCGAAGAAUCUAUAGAGGAGAAACAGUGUAAGUGCUUGGAGUGUGGAAAGAAGAAACAGUAGAAAGGUCUGGUGUGCUCAAAGUGUUCUGUUGCAUGUUUAACCCUUCAGUCCCAUCCGAGAGUCUAUACAAAGAAGCAAUCAUAUAAAUGCCCCUAGUGUUGAAAGAGAUUUCUGUUUCAGCAGGAGACUGUUUAUGAAAGACUUCAUAGUGGUGUUAAAAGUGCCAUCAGCCGAAUUACAAUAACCACAUAGGAUUGGGAAAAUAAGAGACAUUCAGAGGUGGCUUGCCACCGCGUGCCUGCGCAUCACAAUCCGCAUGGGUUUGUGUAUAAAGAAGUCAUGCCAGACUACACUCUCUCUGUGUCUCUCUUUCUCUCUCUCUCUUUGAUAGAGUUUCAAGCUUGGUAGAUGAAACGAAUGCUGCGGAUUUAGCGUACCUUGAUUUCAAUAAGGCCUUUGACAAGGUCUCUCAUGAUAUUCUUUCAAACAUCUAGAUAAAAUCUGGGUUAGACAAGGCUACAGUUAAGUGGAUUUGGAAUUGUUGACCAACUGAAACCACAGGAGCCACCCAGUGUAGAGACAAAACGCCAACAGACCUAACAGGUAGGCCACAGGGGAUGAAGGGAGGGGGCAUGUACCCUAAUCCUAAAACAAUGCUAAUCCAGUGAUCCCCCCGGGCAACUUCCCAGGGGUGGAGGGAAGAGGAAACAUAGGAUCUAGUGAGUAGACAAAACGCCAACAGACCUAACAGGUAGGCCACAAGAGCCACCCAGUGGCUCAAUUAGGAGAGGUAGCAAAUACCCCAUGGGAUGGGGUCAGAAUUCAAAAUGAACUUGACAGAUUAGAGGUCUUGGCCAAAAUUAACAACAUCAAUUUCAACAGGGAGAAAUGUAAGGUACUACACUUAGAAAAAAUUUGGAAUGCACAGAUACAAGAUAAGUGACACCUGGCUUGGCAACAUGUGAAAGGGAUCUAGGAGUCUUAGUAGACCACAAGCUGAACAUGAGGCAAGAAUGUGAUGCAGCUUAUUAAAAAGCCAAUGCAAUUCUGAGCUUCAUCAAUAGGAGUAUAAUGUCUAGAUCGAGCAGUGUGAUAGUACUACUCAAUUCUGUGUUGAUCAGACCUCACCUGGAAUACUGUGUUCAGUUCUAGGAAGCACAGUUCAAA